AUGGUCAUCAUGUAUCCGUUAUUGCAGCAUCAUGUUAUGUUUAGGAAUACUUGUUGCAUGAAGCAAAAUCAACAGCGGCAGUAUGCAUCGUUGAGAAGCAAUGAAAAGCAGCAGCAGCGGCAGUAUGCAUCGGCGGCGGCGAGAGACAGAGUAAUAGAUUUCGGUAAAUAUAAGGGGAAGAUGCUGGGAAGCCUUCCAUCAAGCUAUCUGAAAUGGGUUUCAAAAAACUUACGUGCACGGGAUUUUGAGAAAUGGGCAAUUCUUGCCGAUCAAGUCCUUGUGGACCCAAUCUACAAAGACCGCAUCGAGUGGGAGUUUGCUCUCAAUGUGUUAGAAAGAAACAGAUCCGGUGAGCCCGCAGUUUCUCAACUCCAGGACAUAAGCGACAGGUUUGGUUGGGAUUAUCUUGACAAACUUGGUUGGAGCAAAGUUGAUUUCGACCUUCUAGGCACUUCUAAUGGAGGGAGAAUUCCGAGAGUAGACAAUCGAAGGGACGCCGACGCCGACGCCAGUCAACCCAGUCUCCCACCUGCUACUACUAGUAACAAUAGACCCAAUCUCCGACCUGCUACUACUAGUAGGAGGAUGGAGAGAAGAGAGAAACUGAAAAUGAGAUCGAGGACGACACAUGAAGAAGAAGAAGAAGAAGCGCAGCAGCAGCACAAGGACAAGGACGAUACUGUGCCUGCUGCUGAUAUUAAACAAAUUGCCAACCCAUUCCCUGGACGUCAGGCUCUCCUCCGAAAAGCCAUCAACUAUCGCGCACAAUCCUAAACAACUUUCUAUCAUCCAUCUACUCUAAUUAACUAAUUCCAUUUUUUCUUUUUUUCUUUAAUUAAGAUUCUUGUAAACACGCAUUUUGUUAUCCGUUUACUCUUAUGAAUAUGUGACUUAGAUGUUUAAAAUCAA